AUGGAGGGAGCAGUUGCAAAGAGAAAGGUUCUAUCAAGUGGACUAACUGUGUCUCAAAAGGUCUUUGUGAGGUCUCGGAAUGGAAACGCAUCUAAGAUUGUGAGGGAACAUUACCUGAGGGACGACAUACCUUGUUUCUCCCAAGCCUGUACACAAUGUUCUGAGCUCUACCAAUCAGACAAUGGGACAGUGAUAUCUGCAGUCUUGAGUGAAUCACCUUCUUCCUUGCAGUCCUCGAAUAUUGGUCGUCACUAUGUUUUGCUCGAUACAAACGUGGUUCUUGGAGCCAUAGACCUAUUGGAAAGUGAUUCUGUGUUUUUCGAUGUGGUGAUUCCUCAGACUGUUUUGAACGAGGUCAGAAACAAAAGUUUGCCAAUAUACACCAGGCUGAGAGCUUUGUGCAAGUCUGACGACAAAAGGAUAGCCGUGUUCCACAACGAGUUCAGUUCUUCUACCUUCGUCAGCAGAAGGUCUGCAGAGACUAUUAACGAUUAUAAUGAUAGGCUUAUCCGAACAACGGCAUCAUUUUACUCCGAUCACCUUAAGUCUACUGGUAUCAAGAUGAUAUACAUCACAAACGACAAGAAUAAUCUGGAGUUGGCUCUCGCAGAAUCAUUGGAUGCCAUGUCACUGGAAGCUUAUAUCGGUCUUCUCCCAAACUCACAGGAACUGUUAGAUCUGUUGCCAACUCUCAGAACCGACUUCUCACGAUCUGGCACGAAACUGAAGUUUCCAGAUUACUACAGCACAUCGAGACUUCUGGGAGGUAUUAAGAAUGGCACUUUGUACCAAGGUAUCAUCAACAUCUCCUCUUACAACUCGCUGGAGGGUUCCAUUUCCGUGUCUUCUCUUCCAAAGCCAUUGCUGAUUCUUGGUAGCGAGAAUCUUAAUAGAAGUUUCAGCGGUGACACCGUCGUUAUUGAGAUGCUGCCCAGAGAUAAAUGGAAAAAGCCUUCCAACGAUAUUGUGGAUGAAGAGACACUGGGGUCAAGCGAAAAUGCAGACAACGAUGAUCCGGAAUCUGUGAUAUCCGACAGAGAGCGCAGAUUGCUCACCCAAGAGGCUGUCAAAGCCCAAACUUCAGGUAAUGACGACGAUCGCGUAUUCCCAACGGGUAAGGUUGUCGGUAUAUCCAAAAGAUCCUGGAGAUCGUAUGUUGGUCAAAUAUCUGCCAGAUCAGUCGACAAAACUCAGUCCAGCAAUGCCACCAGAUCUGUGUUUGUUAUCUUGAUGGACAGAUCGCUACCCAAAGUGAGGAUUAGAACGGGUAGGGCCAAAGAUUUGGUUGGAAAGAGAAUCGUUGUGUCUGUGGACUCCUGGCCUGCGAACAUGUCUCAUCCGGAAGGCCACUAUGUCAGAACCCUUGGUGAUGUUGAGGAUAAGGACGCUGAACAAGAAGCUUUAUUGCUUGAACAUGAUGUGGAAUAUAGACCAUUUUCGAAAAACGUUCUUGAGUGUCUUCCAAAAGAGGGACAUGAUUGGAAGGUUCCAGAAGACCUAAACAAUGGAGACCCUCAGUUGGCCAAGAGAAAGGACUUGAGACAUAAGCUUAUUUGUUCCAUCGAUCCUCCUGGAUGUGUUGACAUUGACGACGCUUUGCAUGCUGAGAAACUCCCCAACGGAAAUUUCGAGGUCGGCGUUCAUAUAGCUGAUGUUUCUCACUUUGUAAAGGCCAACACAGCUAUUGAUCAGGAGGGUGCUUCCAGAGGUACCUCUGUGUAUUUGGUGGAUAAGCGAAUUGAUAUGUUGCCUAUGCUGUUGGGAACGGAUCUUUGUUCGCUGAAACCCUACGUUGAUAGAUUUGCCUUUUCGGUACUCUGGGAACUAGAUCAAGAUGCCAACAUUGUGAAUGUCUCUUUCACCAAGUCGAUCAUAAAAUCCAGAGAGGCAUUUGCCUAUGAACAGGCUCAAAACAGAAUUGAUGACGAGUCUCAGAAGGACGAUUUGACCAAGGGAAUGCGUUACCUGCUUGCGCUAUCCAAGAAGCUCAAGCAAAAGAGAAUGGAUGCAGGUGCUCUCAACUUGUCGUCUCCUGAAGUCAAAGUUCAUAUGGACAGUGAGACCUCAGACCCAGGUGAGGUCGAGAUCAAGAAAUUGCUUGACACGAAUUCUCUUGUCGAGGAAUUCAUGCUUCUUGCCAACAUCUCUGUGGCUAGAAAGAUCUUCGAUGCGUUUCCUCAAGUCGCCAUGUUACGUCGCCAUGCCAGUCCUCCACAGGCCAAUUUCGAACAACUGAACGAGAUGCUUCGUGUCAGAAAGAAUAUGGCUGUUUCCCUUGAAAGUUCCAAGGCUUUGGCGGAUUCUUUGGACCGUUGCGUCGACCCCAAUGAUGCUUAUUUCAACACGUUGAUUAGAAUCAUGGCCACACGUUGCAUGAUGUCUGCUGAAUAUUUUGCUUCUGGAAACUACAGUUACAACGAUUUCAGGCAUUAUGGUCUCGCGGUUGACAUUUACACCCAUUUCACUUCGCCAAUUCGUCGUUACUGUGAUGUGGUUGCUCAUAGGCAAUUGGCAGCUGCCAUCAACUACGAGCCGCUUAGCAUCAUCCAUCGCGACAAGACGAAGAUGGAUUUGGUAGUGAAGAAUAUCAACAAGCGUCACAGAAAUGCUCAGUUUGCUGGUAGAGCAUCUAUUGAGUACUACGUGGGUCAGGUGAUGAAAAAUGCCGAAUCGCUAGAGGAAGGCUAUGUCAUUAAGGUGUUUUCUAACGGGUUCGUGGUAUUGGUUCCGAAAUUUGGCGUUGAGAGUUUGAUAAAGCUGAAUACUCUGACUCAAUCUGGAGCUGCCAAGUUUGAUGAAGAAAAUUUCAAGUUAACAUUUACCACUGAGGCCGGUGAAGAACGUGAAAUAGCUGUUUUCGACCGGAUCAAGGUGCAAGUCAAGUCGGUACUCGAUGAAAUGACAAGCAAGAGGAAAACUCAACUCGUGCUGGUCUAA